AUGGUUGAAUCAAAAAGAUAUUCAUCUUCAUCUACAGAUACUGCUAGUGUUAGUGAUUCACCGGAACCAAAUACUCCAGCGAAUAAAUCACCUAACAAUUCUAAGCUGAACGUUUCUGCAGAAAAUCAUCGUCCACGUUAUUAUUCAUUUAAUCAACAACAAAAUAAUCCUGAACAAAAUCUUAACAACAAUGAAUUAAAACAUUAUCCAAUUGAAUCAGAUCAAAAUGCUUUGAAUUUAAAUUCUAUAAUUAUAAAUAAGAAAUCUCAUUUAUCAUCUGUUCAUGAUAUAUCAACUAUAAAACCGAUAGAAAAUAAUAGUAAUAAACAUAUUACUGAAAUGAAACAAAAUAACAUUAAUUCAAUGAAUGAUUAUCAUGGAUUAUCAUCAUUGGAUAAAGAUAUACAUCUUCACACUGAUCAUAACAAUAGUAAUAAUAAUAAUAAUAAUAUUAAUAAUAAUGAUAAAUUAAAAUUAAAUAAUUAUACUAUAGGAUCUAUCACACAAAUACAUUAUGAUGGUUGUGAAACAAUGGUGAAUGAUCCACCAAAACGUGAAGCCAAACAAAACAGUAUUAUAACAAUUUUUACAAUAUGGAAUACAAUAAUGGGUACAUCGAUUUUGGUAAUGCCAUGGGCUAUACAACAAGCUGGUUUCGCUUUGGGUAUAUUUUUAAUUAUAUUUGUCGCAUUCAUUGCUUGGUAUUGUGCUUAUCUUGUAUUGAAGGCAACAGAAGAUUUGAAAAUUAUACAAAAUACUCGUUCAUCUGCUGACAUUGAGUUUACAGACGUAUGUCAAUAUCAUUUAGGAAAACCUGGUUACAUUUUGGCAAUCUCAUUUUCUAUGUUAGCUCUUUUUGGUGCAAUUAUAGUCUAUUAUGUUUUAAUGUGUAAUUUCCUAUAUUACACUGGGGAUUUUAUUUACAAUAAAAUAAACAAUGUGAAUAAUUCACAUUUAGAUCAAACAUUUACAUUAUGGAAUAAAACGUAUACAGGUGCUACAUGUUCCAACUUACCAUUUGUUCCAAAUAAAGAUCAUGAAAAUAUUACAACACCUUCUUUGAAUUAUAAUCAUGAAGCAUUUAACAAUUCAUUGAACACUGACCAUAUUUCUACUUAUAAUCGUUUAUGGUCAAAAACUCGUACUGUUCCAGCAUGGCUUUUAAUCAUUGUUGUUCCAUUGAUUUCUAUUAAAUCACCUACAUUUUUAAGUAAAUUCAAUGCACUUGGUACUAUUUGUGUAUUCUAUCUGGUCAUAUUGGUUUGUUUGAAAGCUGGUCAAUGGGGAAUAAAUAUGGAUUUUUCAUCUAACCAUCCUUAUAGAAUUGUACCUCAAGCACAAACUACAUUCAUUAGUUUAACUGGUAUAUGUUCACUGGCAUUUUUCUGUCACAACACUUUACAUACAUUGACACGUAAUCAAAAACGACCGGAGAAUAAUACUCGAGAUGUGGCUAUUGCAUUUCUUCUAGUAGCAGCGACUUAUUUGUCUAUCGGUUUAAUAUUCUAUUGCACUUUUCCAUUAGCAAAAUCAUGUAUUGAAGAUAAUCUUCUAAACAAUCUAGUAACAGAUAUACCAGUAUUCAUUGGUCGUUUCUUUUCACUUUUACAAAUGUUCACUGUAUUUCCAAUGAUUCUUUAUGUUUUACGUGUACAAAUUAUGACUGCUAUAUUCAAGAAACCAUAUCCAGGAUUUAUUCAUGUUACUGUAUUACAUGUGUUUAUUCUUGGACUAUCAUUAACGUUUUCAAUGUUAAUGCCGAGUAUUGGUACCAUAAUUCGAUUUAGUGGUUCAUUAUGUGGUCUAGUAUAUAUGUUUACACUUCCACCAUUAAUUUAUCUACUUAAUAAACGUACAUUAACUCAUUUACAAAAUGAUGGUCAUAUUAAAAUAUCUGAAAUUCAUUCAGAGAAAUUAUUAAAUGGUAAUUAUCAUUUAAAUGGUAUAAAUUCAAUGAAAAAUUUUAAAGAUGAUCAUUUACCAUUUCAUGAAUUACAAAUUGAUAAUCAUAGUGAUACAAUAUCAAUAAUAAAAAUUAAAUUAUUAUCAGAACAUGAUACAAUUAAAUAUUGGUUUAUUGUUACUAUUCAUGUAUUCAUUAUGUUAUUAGGUUUAUUAAAUUUUAUUGGACAAUUUACUGUAUUUUUUAUUGGAUCUAAUAAGAAACAAAUUGUAUCAUCAACAAAUAGUUAA